UGAUAUCCAAUUGCUAUUUCGUUUUUCUUUAUGCCAAUACAUCCCUGUAAAGGAAAUACAAGCAAGUGCAUUUAGUGAGACUAUGUACAUACGUAAAAAAAGCUGUAUAUAUGUUAAUGCAUAUAUAUUUAAUUAUCAAAUCACCUUGAGCUCUAGGAAGUAGUUUGUAGUUUUCUUUUUAAAAUGAAACAUCCGUUAUAUGCAUGUUCCUAGCCUCACUGUUAUCAGCAUCAGAAAGAAAAAGAUGGAAGCUUCUUGAAGGUUGCUCGAGUGCUAAGCCUUAUCAAUUGUGAUAAGGUUCUGCUUUACUGCAAAGAAUAAUAAUUAGGGUUAGGAUAGUGUGUUUUAAUUUAGGAGUGAGGGCCCAUUUAAACUAGGAAGAAUACUCGUGUUAUUGAAUAAGAUCUCACAAUUGGCGGUGGAUGUAAUAGCAUUCAGGCAAACUGUGACAUGACUGAAGAUGAUAAUAUUUUUAAAGCUCUAGCCUCUGGUUUUGUGUUACAAGGGAAAAUGAUAGGAAUAAGGAGGGUAUGUAUGGGGUCGUUGUCUAGCUAUGGCAUUGGAGGUGAGGGAAUCGCAAGUUGCUGCACGGCUUAACUUAUUACAGAUGACGACAGUAAGGGCGGGCCUGCCAUUGCCAGCUGCACACCGUGAGCCACACGGUGUUGGUGUCGCCAAAAGAGGCCUAUGUGCAAUACUCAUUUCAGCGUUGUUCCGGAAAGAAAUGGAGGGUCUUUAUUAUAAAUUAUUUGGUGAUAUAUUAAUUAAAUUGUUUUAUCGCCAUACUCCCUCCCAUCUCAUUUAUAAGGUACAUUUUAAAAUAUUCAUUUGAUUCUAUUUAUAAGUCAGAGUAUGAUUUUUUAGGUAAUAUUUAAAAGGUAUUUUUGAAAUUACUUUUUAUAAAAAAAAAUAAUAUGACAUUACUUUUUAAAUUUAUUAUAUAAGAGUAUAUUUAAAAUUUUACACACUUUUAUUUUUUAUAUUUUUUUGUUUACUUUGAUAGUAAUUAGAUUGGUAGCAAUGAGAUAUAAAAAAGGCCGGAGGAGUACUUGUUUAAAGUUAUUAAUUAUCAGAAAGAAUGUAAUGUGAAUAUAAAUUAUUGAACUUAAUCAAAUCUUCUUAAUUUGGUCAAUUUGAUUUGGUUUUGCUUAUCUUUGUUUGGUUCCUCGUUACUUUAUUUACUCUGUUAUUGGCAUUUCAAUUGUGGUUGGAGCAGGAAUUUAGGUUGGCCAACCUGAAUAAUUUCCAUAAACACUCCUGACAAACCAAAAACCAAAACUUGGGUGAAGUUCUGAACUAUUGUUUUUAAGCUCGAAAAGGACUGACCGGUGGGCUGGUGAGCCUUUUGACUCGGUUUGAGACAUUGGGCUGUUUCGCCAUUUGACCCGGGUUAGACCACUUGAACUGGUAAUUGGGCCGGAAACCAAAAUCAGAGAGCAAACUGGGGGUGGUUUUGCAAACCGGAUGGGUGAACUAUCACCCUAAAAAAAAAAAAAGAUAAAUAUAAUUUUUGAUUCAUGUAUUUUACUCGUAUUUUGCUUUUAAUCUCUAUAUUUUUUUUUAAUAUUUUAAGUCUUAACACUUUUAUUUUUCAUUGUUUUAAAUCCUUUCAAGGUCCCUAUAUUUUAAUUAUAGAAGGACUAAAAAUAAUAAAAAAUAAAAAUAUAGCGAUUUAAAAUACUGAAAAAAAAUAUAAAGAUCAAAAGUAAGAUGUGAGUAAAGUAUAAGGAUCAAAAGUUAUAUUUAUAAAAAAAAAAAAUUAAUUUCUGCCGCCUGCACUCUAUCACCGUCACUCGCUCAACCUCUUUGUGCCGUCCAGUCUCUCGACUAGGACAAAUUGUAGGACCUUCAAUGCCUCCAUCCCACACUUCCAAACCCCCAUUCGCGUUGAUUCCCCUUCUUUAACUAUCCAGCAUAGCUGUGCCAUUCCAUCGCUCUGCGACUUCUAGAUUUCUUCACAUCACUGUCGACUUCAAUUGCUGGUGUGUGAGUUCCCCCGUUAUUGCAGGCAGGAUUUAAAAAGACUGGCUUAUGCCCGAUUUUGACUCAUCACUGAGUGCUCGUUGCAUUUUGGACCAAGCAAGCAUUUAACUAAGUGACCCGCUCCUGUGGACAUAUAUAUGCCAACAGAAUUUGAGUUCCUCUUGAUUCUUGUGGGAAAGAUUGGCUAUCAUGUCUUGCCCACGCAAUGCUAUAAUUCCUAUUAUCAAGAGCAAAAUGCUUCCUAAACCAAUUGAGGACCCCCCUCCAGGCUUUUGAAGUUAUUUCCUGCGUGCUUGUCUGGGUUCAUUGCUCUCUAGCACCAAAAAUGGCAAAUAUUCCUCUGUCAUUUUCAAUUCAAGCAUGCCUUCAAAAACCAAAGGCCAUCGAAGUAUCUCAGCUAAGUGAGUGUAAAUAUGGAAGUAGAUUGUCUGGAUUUGAAAUUCCAGGUACAAAAAGAAAGAAAGUUCGUACAGCAAUGCAAAGUAUCAUUAGCCCCUUUUACCAGAAUUCCACUGCAAGAUUGUAUGCUUUAUCCCAAGUAUCCAUCGAGAAAAGUAAAAAGCAAGUCGCUACGUUUACUGAAGUUGAAGAUUUAGGCAGGGCAUUGAAUUUUUUGUUCAGGACAGAAAUUGGUGGUCGGGUGAAAGUUUAUGUUAUCAAGAAAAAUGUCAAGUAUUCUGUGUCUAUUGAGGUCUCUUCCUUACAAGUACGUGGUGAAGGGCUGGUGCUGUGUUGGGGUGUGUCCAGGGUCAAUUCAUCAUGUUUUGUGCUUCCAGAUUUUAAAAAUUCAGCUACAGAUACAAGAAUAGGGAUGAAUCUAAGCCCAUUCCAACGGUCAUUGUCAGGCAACUUUACAAUUGAGCUGGAAUUUGAUGCAAAAAAAGUUCCCUUUUAUUUCUCAUUUAUCUUGAGAUCAUCAUUGAAUGCUGAGUCAAGUGCAUCUGAUAUUAGAAGUCACAGAAAAACAAAUUUCUGUGUGCCAGUUGGUUCUCUUCCCGGGCAUCCAACUCCUCUGGGUCUCACUUUUUCUCCUGAUGGUUCUAUGAAUUUUGCUAUUUUCUCAAGGCAAGCUGAAGGUAUGGUUUUAUGCUUGUAUGAUGGUACCAAUCUUGAGAAACCUGCCUUGGAGCUUGAUCUAGAUCCUUAUGUCAAUCGAUCCGGUGACAUAUGGCAUAUUUCAUUUGAAAGUGCUUGGACAUUUGUGAGCUAUGGUUAUCGUUGCAAAGGGGCUCUUGUUCAGCAAAACAAGGAUGAUAAUUGUAAUAAGCAUGUUCUUCUAGAUCCAUAUGCAAAAAUUAUUGGGAAUUCUUUUCCUAAUGGUUAUAAAUCUAGUUUAACUGCAAAGUUUCUUGGAAGGCUGUGCAAGGAACCAGAUUUUGAUUGGGGUGAUGAUUUUUAUCCAAAUUUACCAAUUGAAAAACUAGUGGUCUAUAGAUUGAAUAUCGGGCACUUUACUCAGCAUAAAUCUAGCCAACUACCUGCUGGUUUAGCUGGGACCUUUUCUGGUUUGGCUGAGAAGGUGCAGCAUUUUAAGGACCUUGGCAUCAAUGCAAUUCUUUUGGAGCCAAUCGUCACAUUUGAUGAACAAAAAGGACCAUAUUUUCCUUGUCACUUCUUUUCUCCAAUCCAUAUUUUUGGACCGUCUGGUGGUCCCAUAUCUACAAUUAACUCUAUGAAAGAGAUGGUGAAAUAUUUGCAUGCUAAUGGGAUUGAAGUUCUUAUGGAAGUUGUUGUGACCCAUACCACUGAGGUGGGAGCACUGCAAGGAAUUGAUGACUUAUCCUACUAUUAUGCAAAUGGAGUUGGUGAUUCGAAGAUUCAGAGUUCCCUGAACUGUAACUAUCCUGUAGUGCAACAAUUGAUUUUGGAUAGCCUUCGGUAUUGGGUUACUGAGUUUCACAUCGAUGGCUUCACUUUCGUAAAUGCUUCACAUCUGUCGAGGGGGUUUCAUGGAGAAAACUUGUCUCGACCUCCAUUGGUUGAAGCAAUUACUUUUGAUCCAUUACUAUCCAAGACCAAGAUCAUCGCAGAUAGCUCGGAUUCUUAUGACAUGGUUGUUAGGCGAACUCGGUUUCCUCAUUGGAUGAGAUGGGCAGAAAUGAAUGCUAAUUUCUGUAACGAUGUGAGGAAUUUUUUGAGGGGUGAAAGUCUUGUUAGCGACCUCGCAACUAGAAUUUGUGGGAGCGGGGACUUGUUUUUAGAUGGGCGAGGCCCUGCAUUUUCUUUUAAUUAUGUCGCCAGGAACCUUGGACUCUCUCUUGUGGACUUGGUCAGCUUCAGCAGUGGGGAACUAGCUUCAGAAUUAAGUUGGAAUUGUGGAGAAGAAGGGCCCACUAAUAAUAGGAGUGUCCUUGAAAGAAGACUUAAACAAAUCCGUAAUUUCCUUUUCAUCUUGUUUGUGUCAUUGGGAGUACCUGUUCUGAACAUGGGAGAUGAAUGUGGUCUGUCUUGUGGGGGUUCUCCUGCAUAUGGAGACAGAAAGCCUUUAGAUUGGAGUGGUUUAAAUUCAGGCUUUGGUAAGCAAACCUCGCAAUUCAUUUUGUUUUUGACUACACUUAGAAAUAGACGAAGUGAUCUUUUCCAGAGACGAAGCUUCUGGAAGGAAGAAAACGUAGAAUGGCGAGGAAGUGAUCUAUCUCCACCAAAAUGGGACGACCCAUCCUGCAAGUUUUUGGCCAUGACUUUGAAGGUUGAAAGAGGCUCCAUCCCAGUCAGUUCUGAAACCUCUAAUUUAUCAGCGGGUGAUUUAUUUAUGGCUUUCAAUGCAGCUGAUCAAUCAGAAACUGUAGUUUUAUCCCCACCUCCAGAAGGGAUGUCAUGGUGUCGUUUAGUUGAUACAUCUCUUCCAUUUCCUGGGUUUUUCUCUUCCGACGGGGUCCCUGUCCCUGAGCAGGCCGCAGGAUUGUUCACUUACGAAGUGAGGUCUCACAGCUGUAUUUUGCUUGAGGCAACCUAUCUCAAUAGCUAAAAAUUGUUUUGUUGUUUAAUGAGAUAAAUAAGUUUUAUGACUUAUCUGUAAAUAGUCAAUAAUUUGUUUACGGUGAUUUUCAUGCAUUGAAGUGGUAAUUCUUUGUCCUC